AUGAAUGCACUGGUGGACACAGCGAUUUUUCUGGGAAAGUUUCUAUAUGACUUUUUAGAAUCUUCAGUUUUCAAGAUAAUCCCUAAGAGGAAAAAGAAUGGUGCUGGAGAAAUUGUAACAGGAGAAGGAAGUGGACUUGGGAGAUUAUUAGCCAUACAUUUUGCCCUUCAUGGGGCCAUCUUAGUUCACUGGGAUAUUCACCAAAAAGACAAUAUGGAAACAUGUAGACUGAUCAAAGAAAAGGGAGAUGUGAAAGUCUUUGCCUAUAAGUAUGACUGUAGCAACAGGCAAGAGUUCUACAGAGUUGCUGAUCAUGUUAGAGAAGAAGUUGGUGAUGUUACCAUCCUCAUUAACAAUGAGGGCCUUGUAACAGGGAAGCUCUUCCUUGAUACUCCAGAUCGCAUGGUGGAAAGAUCGUUUAUAGUCAAUGCCAUCUCUCAUUUCUGGAUUUGCAAGGCCUUCCUUCCUGCCAUGAUUAAAGCAAACCAUGGUCAUCUAGUCUGCAUUUCAAGUUUGGCAGGAUUAGUUAUUAGUGAACUCACAGAUUAUUCUUCAAGCAAAUUUGCAGCCAUUGGCCUUGCUGAUCUCUUCCUUGAAUUAACUGUGCUAAAGAAAAGUCAAGUUAAAACCACCAUCAUUUGCCCAUAUUUCUUCCAAACUGGAAAGUUUGAAGGCUGCACAACCAGGUAUCCACUUUUAUUACCUCUGCUGGAACAGAAGUAAGUGGCUCAAAAAGUUUUCAAUGCUGUUUUAGAGGAACAAGUUUACCUCCUAAUACCCAAAUUUAUAUAUGUUGUAUUGUUUCUUAAACAAAUAGAAUCUCCAAAAGUAACGACUGCCCUUGGUGAGUACCUUGGAGUGGGCAACUGCAUGGCUUCUUUCAGAGGGAAAACAAAAACAAAGGAACUGCAGACUGAAACUGAGAAGAAGCACCAAUAG